AUGAAUAAGAAAGUGUGUGAAAGCUUUAUGAGUGUAUGGGAGGAUUUUCCCGAUAAAUUGACCAAUAGUAAUGAAUAUCAUGAAUUUGAUGAUAGUAGUUUUUUAAAUGGUUAUUGUUUUAAAGAUAAAUGUGGUCGUGGUUAUCCUCUCGAUAAAAUUAAUGCUGGAUGUUUAUUUUUGUUUAAUAAAUUCUUUGGGAGUUCUGGUGUGCUUAAGGAUAAUGCAAAAAAUUAUAUCAAUGCUGUUGAAUACAUUAUCAUAUGGUUAAGUCAUAUGUUAAACCUAAAGGAUAAUAAAGGAAACAUUUUAAAUAAUUUUUAUGAAAUAUAUAUAAAAAAACAAGAUAAAUAUAAAAAUACUAUAGAUGGUGUUGAUGGUUGUAGUAAUUAUAAUGAUCUUAUAUAUAAAAAAAAAGAAUUGAUGGAAGUUACUAAUGAAAAAUUGUCUAAAUUUUAUGCUCCAUUUAAAUCGUUAUGUAACAUGUAUAAUGGAUUUAAUGAUAAUAUGACAGAUUGCAAAAAAUGUUUGAAUUAUGCUGAUGAAUUUGUUAAAAAAUAUAAUGAACUUAAUGGAGAUUCUAGUAUUACUAAUGAUAGUUCCUGUAAUAAACUAUUGUGUACUUUAUCAAAUGAUUAUAAUAAUUUUAAAAAGAAACAUAGUGAUGUUAAAUGUUCCAAUUUAUCCUUCCAAGCGAUAGAAAAACCCCAAAAUUGUGUAGAAAAUUAUAAACAAAAUCCUGAACAAGAUGUACACAGAUUAGAACAAAUUUCUCAAGAUCCAUCAUCAAGCUCAUCGAUAACAAACAAAUUAUUUACAGUUUUAUCGAUAUUUGGUGCAAUAGCAUUUUUUUUAGGAAUUUCUUAUAAGUAUUCGUUAUUUGGAUUUCGGAAACGAUUUAAAAAACAACAAAUAAGAGAAAAAAUAAAAAAAAUAAAGAAGAAAAUAAAUAAUUAA